AUGGACAUAAAUUGCAUCAUCCAGUCAACAGAAAAUUUAUGCAUCAGUGAUGAUGAUGUUAAAAAUACAGCUAAUUAUCUGCUAGGCGAUGAAUUUGAAAAAUCAUGGGAUACAAACAAGUUGAGUCUUCCUCCUAAAGCAUCGCCAUUAUUCUGCUACAAAGUCUGUAGUGAGCAAAGCUUGUUUGUGGGCGAUCAUGCUUUUGGUUUUCCUCCUCUUUCACGUAGCGACGUUAUGCCCGUACAGUUCACUCACCUCAAAUGUCUUACAAAAGGGAACUCGAAAACCGUUUAUCAAGCGACUUUAAAACUUAAGUCUGGAAAGACAUUAGAUUACCUUCCAGGUGAUAGCAUCUCCAUAUUACCUGAAAAUAAUGCGCAAACUGUGGCGUGGUUGUUACAGCGUUUAACAUUGGAUAGUCUACACGAUGCCGAUACACUUUUCACUCAUGAAGUAAUAGCUACAAAGCAUAGAAGCCUCCCUGAAUGGUCUCAUUUUACUUCUCCGCUUUCAUUACGAUAUUUGUUGACGUAUUGCUCAGAUUAUUGUUUUGAUGACAAUGUCAGUCCUGUCAGUGCAGAAAGACAACGUAACCGACUUUUGGAAUUCUCCAGUGCCGAAGGGAAGAAAAUGUUUGAAAAGUAUAUCCAAAUACCUGAUCUUAAUCUCUUGGAUAUUUUGUCUAUAUUUUCAUGUUGCCGACCAUCAUUUAUUCGAUUGUUGGAAAUUCUUCCAACACUUCAGCCACGUUCAUAUACACUCAUUAAUCCAGUUGAUAAACAAUUGUCUUGUGAACAAGAACUAUCUUUUAUUUUCACUAGAGUGGAUUUUAAAUAUCCUGAAAGUGAUAAGCAUGUAGGUCUUAUUGAUCGUUAUCCAUCACGACGUCAUGGCACUUGUACCGGUUGGCUUGAAAAAAUAUGGUUUGGAGUUAAUCAACCUGAUGACUAUCAGAAAGUUAAUUUCAACAAUGUCGAACCUCAGAUUAUAUAUAUAUAUUUACGUAAAAAUAUUACACAAUUUUAUUUACCAGAUAAUAUCUCCCAACCAGUUAUCAUGAUUGCUGCCGGAAGUGGAAUCGCACCAUUUAUUAGCUUUAUAAGACAACGUAAAAUCGACAACCUUAAGAGUAAUGCAACAUCACGAUCAUUAGUUGAAGCUAAUGAACAACUUAGAAUGUCUCGAGCAGAAAUUGAAACACUUUCUACAGAAAUAUCACGAAUACGUGAUGCAUUAUCUCGAAGUGAAACAGAAAAAGCCAAUGUACAACGUGAAAAUAAUACACAACGUUUAGAUAAUGAUCAAUUACGUGCACAGUUAGAUGAUUUUGAAGUAGAAUUAGAACAAAUUAAAGAACAAUUAGAAGAUGAACGUGAAAAUAAUAGAAAUAUUAAUGAAAUACUUACAAUUACAAGACAAAAAGAACAAAAAGCUUUAUCUGAAGCUCAGGAAAGAACUACUGAAGUGAUUGCUUUACGCGACAGAAUUGCUAGUGCAGAAGAGCGAGCUGAAAUGGCUCAACGUGAAGUAGAAAAAGUAAGAGAACGAUUAGCUGAAACAGAACGAGAAGCAAACCGGUUAUCAAGAAGUUUAUCAGCUGAAAGAUUUGAGAAAGAACGUGCUUUGUCCGAACUAAGAUUAAGCAGUUUACCAGCAGGUUAUAGACCUUCAGGCUAUUCAAGUUUAGGAGCAACAUAUUACCCGGGUACUUCAGUCAGUCGAGAUCGUACGGCUUAUCAAGAAAGAGAUGAUUAUUGA